AUGAGAAAAUCGUUGAGUGAUGAUUUUGCUCAAACGCCAAUUAUUUUCAUUGGACGUGUCGUUGCUAAAAACAAUCCAAGCACAUCCUCUGGUGGUGUUCAGCUCACCAUGGAAGUUGAAGAGGCAUUCAAAGGCACCUCGCCUGGUUCUCGCAUCGUCGUGCAAACAAGGGAGCAUGUAGUUGCAUGUGGUCUUGGCAUGAUUCCAGUGGGCGCACGCUGGCAAAUGUGGCUAAGCGAAAACGGCUCAACAAGUAGUUGUACGCGAAGCACGUCAAAUAUCGACACUGAUCGUGUCGAGCUUCGACGUCUUGCAAUUGUCAAUCCCACAUCAGCAUCAAAAUGA